CCGUACGGUACGAUUACUGGUACAUACCAUUCCGUACAUUACGCUAGCGACGCAUCAUUCGACGCAUCAUUCGGUACGGUUUGGAACGACUUCCGUGGUUGUGUUGCGAAUUACAAUUCUUUGGCGGCGACGACUUCACCUUCUUCAGAAAUCGCACCAACCCCCGCACUCAAUGCAUCGGUCGGAAACCAAACCAGGGAAUCGUGCGUCCAAUUGAUCACCAUGGCGUUCCAAGAAGCAUCUUCCGAAGGGGCUUCGUUGCUUCCAGUCCAGCGCUCAAACAACGGUUGCGAAGUCGACCACCAAAAGGGAAAUCAUCGUCGACCGAAAGAACACAACAAAUACCUUCUAAUUCCCGCGGUUUGCGCCGCAUCGGCAGGGCUUUUGGUUUGUAUAGCAAGUGCCUGGCAGCAAAGAGGCCCAGGAUCCCGGCAGGGAUCGCUUCUCCCUUCUGUUCCUUCUGCCCCUCAUUAUUGGAACGACGAAAUGGUUUACAAAUGGGAGGAAUUCUUGUUGUCGACCAACCAUCCGAAAAAUUCUGGUUUCGAUCUGUCGGAAGCCGCAAAGGUGUCUCUGCUGGCUCCCGUGUCUUCCCAACCAUUGGCAACCAGAGCAGCAGUCGACAAAUCCAAGAAAUCGCCCCUGCUGUACUUCAACGAAUCCAUUGCCUUUUCUCGUCUGGAUCCCAUCGGGGACGACUUUUUUCGCUACCAGUCGGGCUGGGAGGCGCAAAUCACGCAGAGCCUGUGCGCCGUCGCCACCACCGCGGCCAUGCUGAAUUCCCUCCGAGACGUCGGAAAAGACUUUGUGCUGCCGCUGGAUCCGGUGUACGUGCCCUUUCCGUGGGCCACCCAGUCGAACAUUCUGGACGCGGACGACGGCCUCCACGGGGCGUGCGUCGCUUCCGCCCUCGGCGGCAGAUCCAACGCAGGGGCCGUUCGGCACAUCGGGCUCGGGACGGGCACCCUUCCGGGCUUUGCCAACUGCUUCCUGGAACCGAACGGAUACCACGCCACCGGAUACCACGCCGGUAGUGGCACCCAGCAAACGGGAAAGACCGAGCUCAAGCAAGUCGUCGUGGACGCCCUCCGAGACCCCUCUUCGCGGGUCUUGUUGAACUACGACCGGGGUGGGAUCGGACAGGGUCCCAUGGGACACGGCCACUGGAGCCCGCUGGGUGCCUACCACGAAGAAACCGAUUCCUUCCUGGUGAUGGACGUGGCCAAGUACAAGCACCCCAUGGUCUGGGUGCCGUGGGACGACUUGUGGGGCGGAGCCGCGACGAUCGACACCUGCUCGACCAUGGUGGCUCCGGCCGAUGGUGCGCCGUCCAUCGAUUGGACGAAGCGGAGCUUUGCGGAGAUUGCCAAGGCCAUCCAAAGCAUAUGCCUCCCGGGGAAUCGCGGAUUUGUUGUGGUCUCGAAGACGACCACCUAGUCGGUUACCAAAGCGGCGGUGGUUUCAAAGAAGACGCCCAGGAUUAGUUAUUCCAGUUUGUUAUCAACAAUAGUGUACGCCACCAAUGGUACUUUCGCCCGAGAUCAAAGCAAUAGUAGAUUUAAACAUAGAAUUCAUUUAAAUUUGCGAUGUUGGAGUUUUUUUAGUUUUUGUGAUGGGAUGUAACAAGUGUACUACAACAACAAAAACGGCACCAGCAGUUUCACACACAGUAACACACAAAAAAUUACUAGAAGAAAAUGUAACAAAAGCAAAUAUUAAUGUUACAAAUCAAAAUGCAUCACAUGU